CCUUGCGAGAACGUUAACAUUUUGUUUUGUGUUAUUUUAUCAAUAAUUGCUAUUAAAAUACAUAUAAGUGUUGUUUAAUAUCAUUGCCCACGUUUUGGUAUGUUGCGAAUACGUACUGAUAAUUUAUUAUAAGCAACCUAUGAUUUUAUUAACUAAACCAUUUGUGAUCAACUGAUCACCAUAUGAGCAAGCGAAGUUUAUCAACGGGGACGAUGGUAGCUACAAAGCAUAAAAACAAAGUACCAUGCUCAACCCCCGAGCCGCAAGCAGAUUCUCCAUCAAGAGAUAGUGAUUCAGUGUGUGACUCCGAAGCGGCCAGCCCAGUCCCCUUCCUCUGCACUCAAGAUGGAGCGGAAGGCGAAACAGAUGUUGUCUGGAACUAUUACACACCAAAGGCUGAACAAACAGCUGUGUCCCGAAUCAAAAAUUCCACACCACUCAGUAGGAAAGCAAGAAAAAUAUCAAAAACUAAACUAAUUGACCGGCCAACACCUAAACGCAAAGUUGUCAGUAAAGUAUCACACAAAAAGACUGCACUAUUCCAAGAGCUGAUGGAAUUAAACCAGAAUGUGCAUGAAUUGAUUACUAAGAAACGGUCCAGUGAAGUUACUGACGAAAAACAGUCUGGAAGUGAAGAAGACAUUUUUAGUGAUUCGUCCGGCCAAUCUCCCAAAAGCUGCUUUAAAUCAUCAAGGUGUCUUAGAAAAAACCUCUUAAGUUCAAAAUUUGCUAAACCGGAUACGGAACCAGCUUUGGAAUCUGAUGAUUCAAUGAAUGAGUGCCUUAUUAAAGCCAGUCAGGUUAUUGAGGAAAAUAUAUUAAAAGUAACACCACCGAAGAAACCUAGAUUUGAACCAAAAUCAAAGAAUAUUAAGUCAAGUAUAAACUUCCAAAUGGAUCAAGAUUCUAUGGAUGCCAUAUUAAAUAGCAUUAAACUGGACUCUCCUUUAUUAAUGCGUACAAAGAAGGCUGAAUCUCCAAGCCUUAAUAAUGAUUCUUUUGAUAACUUAGUAGGAAACUUAAAUGACAGUACAUUAGACAGGCUAACACAGGCUCCAAACAGUAAAAGUAAAUUAAACAACUCGAAAAGCACAUGUUGGAUGAUAGAUGAUAUAGUUUUGCAUGAUGACAGCAUGUCUAAGUCAUUUUUCGGGCGGCAUAACUCAAUGCCGGAGUCACCAUCAGUAAAUAAUAAGCCAUCUACAAGCGGUAUGGUUAUUACACGGUAUAGCUCUAUGCCACAUGGAAAUACUGAAAAAGGAACAGAUCCCAGUGACUCUCCAAUCAGAUGUACUCAAGAUGAAAUCAAGAGGAAACAUCAACUGGCGCGAGAGAAACUUCUCGCAAAAAGACUUCUACCAUUCACUUCACAGUCCAGUCAAGUUCCAGUUCCACAGCCAACGGAAACUAAGAAAAAACAAUUCCAGCCUAAAUUUGCCAGUACAGUGAACAAGGUCCCUAAUUCUACUAACAAUGUUGCCAACACAGUGACCAAGGUACCUAAUUGUACUAACAAUGUUGCCAACACAGUGACCAAGGUACCUAAUUUUACUAACAAUGUUGCCAACACAGUGAAGAAGGUACCUAAUUUUACUAGUAAUGUUGCCAGCACUAAUAACAAAAUACCUCCAAAAGAUAAUAGUUCUUUAAAUCAGGCUUCCAGUAUGAAUUUUCAACAAAAUAAUGCUAUGAUUAGUGAUAAGUCAAAAGAUAUAAAAUUGCUUAUUGAAAAGAAAAGGCAAGAGGCUCUGUUGAAAUUAAGACGCCGCCAACCGCAGAAAUAAAAUAUAGGCAUAGCUUGUCUAUAUGUGCUUUAUCAUAGAAAAGAAAACUAUAGAAUACAUAUACAAGAGCCCGUCUAAGGGUUGUAUUCCAUCUGUUGAAUAUGUUGGUUAAAUGUGCGUCUCACUCUCUCAUUCUCAUUAAGCAAAAUGUGAGACUUACAUACACAUUGGACCAAGAUAUUGGACAGAUGGAAUACCACCAUAAGCUAACUUUGUAUCGACUAUACCAUAAUAAAGUGUCAUUAUAAGCCAGAGAAACUUUACAAAAAAAAAUCACCUAAAAACGCAAAGCCCGAUGAAGCUGUAUUUUUGGAUACUGACUUUGGCUGAAAAAUGUUAGCAAAAUUUUAUUUUAUAAAAAAAAAAUACAACACAGCUCUAUUCGUCGUCGUACUUAUAGUAUAAGCCCCAUAUAGACGAUUAACUUGCAUGCAAUUUUCGUUAAGCUUCACAAACAGAUCGUUGUCGUUAGCAAUAUAUCGAAUAUUACAUGCAAGUUCUUGAACCAUCUCAAUGCUUAAUUUUCCCAGUGGUAACAGAAGAGCAAAAAUUUCCAGCUGUUACCAAGAGUACAAGUUGGUGGUAACUGGUAACAUCUCGGAAUAACUAAAGGGGCGCGCCUAAAAACGGGUUGCGAACCAUUGUGAUAAGAAGAGCGACUAAAUUAUGAUAAAAUAUGUAUAGUUUAAGUAACAUAUAUGUAUUAUACUGAGUUUGUAAUCAACUUUUUUUAUAUAUGUUUUUUUUUUUCACCUUUGAACCAAUAUGCCCAAGACUUAAGAAGUUGAAAACUAGUUCGUUUUUUUAGCAUUAGAAAGAACUUGCAAGAAGGUAAGCGAUCUUGACAUGUCUUUUAAUUGAAAAACGCUUUUUAAAAAUCAGUAACUAUUACUUAUGAAAGCAGAAGAAUAUAAAUGAUCGUAUUAGAUUCAUAAUUGUUACAUAUUUGCCAUAACUUAUUUUUAAAAUGUGUUUUUCAAUUAAAAGACACAUCAAGAUUGUUUACCUUAUUUCUAAUGCUAAAAAAAACGAACUAUAG